UACUGCCCGUUGGUCUACUCUCCCUCCAUCCAUCUCCCAAACACUUCUCUGCAACAAACCAAAAAACAAGAAGAAAAAGAAAAGAAAAGAAAGAAAAGUUCACCGUUUCCAAAACUUCUCAAUCAUCCCUCUAUCACCCUUUGCCCUAAUUUAGAUUUCCAGGAAAAAAGGAAUAAUCUUCUGUGAAAACACCCAUGUUGGAACCUGAGAAUUCUAUUCAUUUCCUUGAGUCAUGAGAAAGGUUAAUAGAUAGAUCUCUUUUGUUUUCUUACAUGUUAAAAAUUGAAGAUUUGAAAGAGGGAUUUGAUUUGUUUUGACAAUGUCAAACUAUGUAGAUUUUAAUCAAAAGAUUGAUUAUGUAUUUAAGAUUGUAUUGAUCGGAGAUUCAGCUGUUGGGAAAUCUCAGCUUUUGGCACGGUUUGCGCGAAAUGAGUUUUGUGUGGAUUCUAAAGCCACAAUUGGGGUUGAAUUCCAAACCAAAACGCUUUCUAUUGAUAACAAGACUGUCAAGGCACAAAUUUGGGAUACUGCUGGCCAAGAAAGGUACAGGGCAGUGACUAGCGCAUAUUAUCGAGGAGCAGUAGGCGCAAUGUUAGUUUAUGACAUGACAAAGCGUCAAUCUUUCGAUCAUAUGGCAAGAUGGCUAGAGGAACUGAGAGGGCAUGCUGAUAAGAACAUUGUAGUAAUGCUAAUUGGCAACAAAUGUGACUUAGGAAGUCUUCGAGCGGUGCCUGUAGAAGAUGCACAGGAAUUUGCUCAAAGAGAGAAUCUCUUCUUUAUGGAAACAUCAGCUUUAGAGGCAACUAAUGUUGAAACUGCAUUUUUGACUGUAUUAACAGAGAUAUAUCGAGUAAUAAGCAAGAAAACUCUUUCUGCAAAUGAUGAACAGGAUCCUAAUGGAAUUUCAGGCCUUUUAAAAGGAACAAGGAUCAUAGUUCCUAGAGAAGAACAAAAUCUUGCUAAGAGUUCUGGUGGUGGUUGUUGCUAAGAGUGCAUGUAAUCCUAAUCUUUUUAUAAUUAACAAUUUUCUUUUCUGGAAAUUAAUUAAUUAAUUAAUUUUGUUCAUUUAGGAUUAAUCCAUUGUUUUGAACAAAUUCAUGUAAUUGUUUAGAAAGUGGGUAUUAUUGUA